AGCUCUUUAGUUCCUUAAUCAUUUCACGGUUCCUUCGGAGGCUUUUUUUCCACCUAAAACGUUUAGUUUCAGCUCAGUGAUCAGCUGCAAAAGCUCGACGGGGAGCGGAAGAGUUGAAUUAUUCCAACCUGCAAGCAGCCCCUCACAAAAAAAAAAAAAAAAAAAAGGGGAAACUUUUUUCUCUGUCCAUUUCACCCAAGUCCUGAAAAAUCGGAAUGGAAUUAGAGAAAAACUACGCGACUCCAAGGACUGGCAGAACAGGACAUGGAGGAGUGAAUCAGUUAGGGGGUGUUUUUGUGAAUGGUCGUCCACUUCCUGACGUUGUGCGCCAGAGGAUCGUGGAACUUGCCCAUCAAGGUGUCAGACCGUGUGACAUUUCGAGGCAACUACGGGUCAGCCAUGGUUGUGUCAGCAAAAUUCUUGGCAGGUACUAUGAAACUGGGAGUAUUAAGCCUGGAGUGAUUGGAGGAUCAAAACCAAAGGUCGCCACACCCAAAGUUGUCGAAAAAAUCGCAGAGUAUAAACGCCAAAAUCCCACCAUGUUUGCCUGGGAGAUCAGGGAUAGACUUCUAGCCGAGCGAGUGUGUGACAACGACACCGUGCCCAGCGUCAGUUCGAUUAACAGGAUCAUACGGACCAAGGUACAGCAGCCGCCUAACCAGCAAGUACCAGCCUCUAGUCACAGCAUAGCCUCCACAGGGUCUGUGACCCAAGUGUCUUCAGUGAACACUGACUCAGCAGGCUCCUCCUACUCCAUUAGUGGAAUUCUGGGAAUUACAUCCCCCAGUGCUGAAAGCAACAAACGCAAACGCGAUGAAGGUAUUCAGGAAUCUCCAGUACCAAAUGGCCAUUCCCUCCCGGGUAGAGAUUUCCUUCGGAAGCAGAUGCGAGGAGAUCUUUUCACUCAGCAGCAGUUAGAAGUGUUGGAUCGAGUCUUCGAGAGGCAACAUUAUUCUGACAUUUUCACAACGACUGAACCCAUCAAACCAGAGCAGACAACAGAAUACUCAGCCAUGGCAUCGUUAGCUGGUGGGUUAGAUGAUAUGAAAGCCAAUAUAACAAGCCCAACUUCAGCAGAUUUAGGGGCCAGUGUUCCAGGACCACAAUCAUAUCCUAUUGUGACAGGUCGUGAAUUGGCAAGCACAACCCUCCCAGGAUACCCUCCUCACGUCCCCCCUGCCGGACAGGGCAGCUACUCUGCUCCAACGCUGACAGGAAUGGUGCCUGGGGGUGAGUUCUCUGGAAGUCCGUACAGCCACCCACAGUAUUCAACGUAUAAUGACUCCUGGAGAUUUCCCAACCCUGGAUUGCUAGGCUCUCCUUACUAUUACAGUGCUGCAGCCCGUGGAGCAGCACCUCCGGCAGCGACUGCUGCCUACGACCGCCACUGACCCCAGGAGCCCAGAACUCAAGCACUUACUAAACAUAUCAUCCAGGACGACAGCAUCUGAUUCACCUAGAUAUAACCAUGCAAAUCACACUGCAAGGAAGAAAAAGGAAGUAUCGCGUAGGAACCUGCUGAUUGGAAAUUUACUCUUUAAACUGGGUGAACUAAUUAUUACUAUUAUUUUUUAAAUCAGUGAAAUUCUAGUGAUGUUAACUGGGUCUCAAACAAAAAAAAGAAUCAGGAGAAAACAGUUCUGCUGACAUUCCAUAUGGUUCAAAAGGGACAGUAGCUGCAUCUUACUGCUGGCUAUUAGUCUAGUUGCUUCUAGUUCUCUCAGCCAUGCCUGGGGAAUAAGAACGGUUCUGACUUUCAGCAGUCCACUUUGGGAUGUCUCUUUUAAUGUGCAUUGCAACAGGCUGUGUGAUUCAACAUGGACUGUCUGGCUUUUGUGGUAAAGAUGGAUUGGUUUGCUCAAUUUACACAGUACCAAUGUAAAUAACUUGCUUCUUUGUGUUACUAUGAGAGUGGCUUAGCAUAAACAGCAACAUGGUACAAAUUAUGAACUCAAAAUGCAUCUGAAAAUGUGUUUUGAAAUUGGUGCACUGAUUCAAAGAAUUCAGUAAGCUUUAACCAACUUUGAACCAGGUUAACAUUCAUUGUGGCUAUAUUUGGGGCUGAUGUUAUUUCUAUAUAAAGCAUCAUAUCGGACAGUCAUGUGUGAUCAUGGUGUGUGAUGGCAUUGAACACAUGAGCAAUUGAAAGAUGUGGGCAGUUUGUGACAUUUUACUGCUAAGUAUUUAUUUAUGUUCAUUUGUAAUCAUAACUAGCACUGAAACAAAAUCUCCAGCUUCAAGUUAAACUACACCAGAGAAGGAAUUCCUAAUUAACACCUGUGUACAUCUCAAUAUAUUGCUUGCUGAAACCCAAUUAUUUCUAUUUUGUAAAGGGGAAGAAUCCCAAGGUGAUGAUUUUUCAAACUGAUAUCUCAAACAGUGUUCUAGUCAUGGCAGCCAUGCACACUGAAACAUGCAAAGCUUGCUUGACCAAGCAAAUUGAUGGUGAAAGCACACAUUUAGGAAUACCCAUGUAUUUAAAUGAAGACAUUUCUCAAGUUAUUCCUUAAACAUGGGUGGCUACUAUGGAUUCGAGCUCCAGAGUUACGCUGUGCAUAAAUUUGGCCCUUUAAUUCUGUAUUUUCUCCUUCUGUCUCAAAGAAAACAUAUUAAUAGAACCAAGUGACAUGUUGUUCAAUGUUCUCUACUUCCCAGGGCUAAUGAAUAGAAGAGGGUUUACAAAUGAUUGGUUAAGCGAGUACCUCAUCACUAUCAGCUCCAUGACACCAUAUAAACUACUCAUUUUUUCCCCUAAGGAGUGACUUACUUUAAUCAUAUGCUGAUAACAAUCAGCAAACUUCCCAUCUACACAGAGAAAAUUAGAGCAAGGCUUUCUUACUGAAGCCAAUGGAAAGACUCCCACUGACUCUAAUGGGUUUUGAAUUUGGUCCACGGCCUUGGGCAGUAUAACCAUAUUUAAUGGAAAUGGGCCUGAUACUACAUCCUUACUUACAUGGGUGAGCAUUUACAUGUAAAAAUAUUUUUCAGACUGCUUGUGAGGGAAAGGUUUUUCUGAGGUGAAUAAGGGUCAUCAGAGACAUAACAGGGCGCCGGAUGCCGGGGGCAGUGGCAGUGCUUGGGACAGUGGUGACUUCCAGCUGCUGGCAUGACUGUGCAGCUAUGGUGACAGCUGUUAUUUUUUGGCUCUGGGAGCUGCUGCCUCAGCCGCCCUGCCUUAGUUACACUACUGAGGGUCAUAAGUACGGCCCAAACUAUGAAUAAUUAAUUACAAACAUAAUUUUCCAUUUUUUUCAAAUGUUCUGAGAUGAAAACUCUUUAAUGACUGUUUCCCUGCAGUAUGCCACUGUGCUGCUUAUCCUGCAUGGAUGCUGCCAUGUCAAAUGGCAGGGAGAGAGCCCAUUUUAGAAUCUCAAAUGGAUUUGUCUGUGUGUUCCUUCCAAAACCUUUUCAACCCUGUUUACCUUGUCCUGGUAUGAUUCUUAAACACAGGCAUUUCUUCCUAGUUUCCAAGUUGAAUAAGGCAAGUCCUUUAAAGGUGUUAAGGUACCUAAAUCCCAGCAAUUUUAAUGGGAAAUAGACACCUAAAUACCCUUGACUCUCUUGGUCAUAGUUUCUAACUCAAACUAUCUUCCUGACCAAAAAUUCAGUCUAGUAAGCUCCUAAAAGGCCUCAGGUAAGAAUGUAAAUGACUUCCCUUUUGAUGAGUAGUAAUGGAUAAAUGUAUUUUGGUUUAAACAAGUACAAAACUGUAAGUACAACUCAUUCAUCUAACCAACUGCUGGGCUUCUCUUUGGGGCCAAUUUUUCUAGCAUCAUCUGAGGCACCCUACAUUCAGGGCAUGUCAACAUGUGCAUUUACAUCAGCUUAAAUUUACUGCACAGUAAACGAGAAUAGACCAGCAUCUACACGUGCAGGCAU